GUGACAGCAUCAAUGUGUGUGUGUGUGUGUUUGUGUGUUACAUGUGUGUGAGAGAGGAGAGGUAUCUGUGUGUGUGUGUCUCUUUCUUUCUCUGUUUUCAUGUGUGUGUAUGUACAGAGAACAUAUAUGGCCCGGUGCAUGGAGAAGUACAUGUAAGGAAAUAACCCGUUUUCCCUUUGUGGACGAACAGCCUGCAGACAGACUGGACUCCAGAAUUCCAUUUCAAAAUGCUUCUUUCAGGGCUGGAUUUUCCUGCAUGUUUUCUUUUGCUUUUUUGAAUAAGAGGAGGAUACUACUUGUGCAGCUUUAUUUGGAGGAAUACUUCAUACUAAGCUUUAAUCAAAUGCUGUCACACACACACUCCUCUGCUCCAUGUAGUGCUGCGUGGGCGAGGGGCCUACCUGGAUUACUUUGAGCGUACAUGCUUAUGGGACGCACUAACAGAAGAAGAAAGGGAGCGAUUAAAGGGGAGGAUAAAGUGAAGAAGAAAGCUGGAAGAUGUACUUGUACAAGGCAACUUGCCCGGAGAUCCCCAACCCGAAGCAGAAGGGGUCCAGGAUUCAAGGUGGAGGUCAGGGUGGGGUCCAGGCCCAAGGUCUGGGUCAGGGGAGGCUCUUGGGAAAGACUCCUAUGGGGACAGGACCACGACCCUAUGCUCCUCUGAUGCUGUGGGCAGCAAACAAACCCAACGGUGUAGUGGAGCUCAAACAGCUGGAGGAGUUCCUCAAUUUCCACUCCCUGUCACUACACGACACAGUGAAGAGUCAGACAGGCAUGGUCUACAGGAACCUUGGAAAAUCAGGACUCAGAGUAUCUUGCUUAGGACUGGGUACAUGGGUGACAUUUGGAGGACAGAUAACAGACGAGGUUGCAGAGCAGCUGAUGACUAUUGCCUAUGAGAGUGGAGUCAACUUGUUUGACACAGCUGAGGUGUAUGCAGGCGGCAGGGCAGAAAUCAUUCUAGGAAACAUCAUCAAGAAGAAAUGCUGGAGGAGAUCCAGCUUGGUCAUUACAACUAAACUGUACUGGGGAGGAAAAGCAGAGACAGAGAGAGGACUGUCAAGGAAACAUAUUAUUGAAGGUCUGAAAGGUUCUUUACAAAGGAUGCAGCUGGAGUAUGUGGAUGUAGUUUUUGCCAAUCGUCCAGACAGCAAUACUCCCAUGGAGGAGAUUGUUCGAGCCAUGACCUAUGUGAUAAACCAAGGCAUGGCCAUGUACUGGGGGACAUCUCGGUGGACGGCCAUGGAGAUCAUGGAGGCAUAUUCUGUGGCGAGACAGUUUAAUCUGAUCCCGCCGGUGUGUGAGCAGGCAGAGUACCAUCUCUUCCAGAGGGAGAAAGUAGAGGUGCAGCUGCCUGAACUUUACCAUAAGAUAGGAGUCGGUGCGAUGACGUGGUCACCGCUGGCAUGCGGCAUCAUCACAGGAAAAUAUGAAAAUGGCAUUCCUGAAUCAUCCAGGGCCUCCAUGAAGUCCUAUCAGUGGUUGAAGGAGAAAAUAAUAAGCGAGGAUGGAAGGAAGCAACAAGCCAAGCUGAAGGAGCUCAACCACAUCGCAGAGAAGCUGGGAUGUACCCUGCCUCAGCUGGCUGUGGCUUGGUGUCUAAGAAAUGAAGGUGUGAGCUCAGUCCUUCUGGGAACAUCCAACCCUGAACAGCUCACUGAGAACCUCGGGGCCAUACAGGUCCUUCCUAAGAUGACCUCUCAUGUGGUGUCAGAGAUUGACCACAUCCUGGGCAACAGACCAUACAGUAAGAAGGACUACCGCUCUUAGACCAGGCUAGUGGACUUCCAAGAGGUCAGCUGUACCUACCUACCUAACCAUACUGCUACCUUGGACCCUCCAUUCAGUGUUCAUGUCCAUGGUUCUCUCCUCGGGCCCCACUCAGCUCUAGCCCGCCUCAGCCUGGAACAGACAACCUUGCUAAGUCCAGUGUUGCAUACUGUACCUACGUCUGUUUGAGCCUUCUCCUGAUCAGAUCAGCUCUACCAGGUUCAUCUCAGGUGCCCAGCUCAGCUACGUUAUGCUUGAGAAACUCCGCUUUUUGCAGCCUGAAACACAACAUAAUCCACUUGAGCAGAUUUAAAAUUUAUGCUCCUCCCAAAUCAAAGUGUUACCACAUGAAGAUAGAACUAUGCAGAUCUUAAAGUAGUCCAUGUAAAAAUUCAUAUCCAGUCUCAUCUUUUAGUGCACCACAUCGACUCUGUCCUGCAACUACCACCCCUCAUUUUAAGAUAUCCUUUACACUCACUUCCAGUUGGUAGAUAAACAAAAAGAAGCAAAGCAGGCGCAUUUCAAGUGCCUUCCUGAAGGGCACCUUGAUAGUAGCUACUAAAUGAGAUGCCUGUGUCACUUAUUUUGCUUCCCACAUCCUUUGAGUUCAGCCAGUGGCUCGGGCCUGCGAGCCUUAAGCCUGCAAAUUUGAGGUCCAGACUUCCACUCACAAGUAAUAUAAUUUGAGCACAAAAUUCAUAUUGGGCACAUAUUUUAUUUAUGAGUACUACUGUACCACAGCUGAAUACAUGAAUGCAAGCAUCUUCGACUUAGGAAUCAGAGGUAUCUCAGGAAAGUGGACAGUUGUAUUCUGAACAUCCCCCACUCAGUGUUUUCAUUAAAUUGCUAUGCAGUGCAGCAAACAGAAUUACCAUAAACGUAUAAAACUCCAAACCCCAGUGUCAGAGGUAUGCGCUCAAGUCAUGGGGGGGAGAAAAAAAAACAAAAAAAAAGUCUUCCCUGUGAAAAGAGAUGUUAAGCAGCAACAAGGUGACCUGCGCAUAAUAUAGAGCUUUAUUAAAAUGAAUGAGCCUCAGCAAAACAACUCGCUAUUAGCCUGAAUUAGUCUUCGAAUACCUACCAAAUAUAUUCUGUCCCAUAUUUAGAAUAGUGCAAAAUAGUAUUUAUUGGAUAUGAAAGGCUGCAAAUCGUGAGUGUAUUAACCACCAGAUGCAUGUUCCCCUGCUAUAGUGUGCCUCUUUCUUCCUUUUGACAAAGCACAUAAUUUAAGAACAGAAGGGAGUGCAAGCUUGUCCGCUGACCACGAUGAACCCCCGCUGUAACAGAGCACUGCGGGACAUUGAGUACCAGUGCAAACUGGACUCUUGUUUGAGGAGAGAGUGAAGCAUGUCGCCCCCGUGUGUCUUUUCCGAGGAGCUGCUGCUCUGAUUCACAGCAUCCCAGAGAAGAAAAAGAAAGUGGACCAUUUUUCUCUCGGUCUGCACUCAUUGAGGAGACGCUCGUUUCUGCCUGUGAACUGAACCUGCAUCGCUAGAUUGCUUCAGCGAACCUUGAAGAUUAUGGACUUAAACUUAUGAUGAAUCUAUGAAGUAAAAGGAAAACCCGCCUCUGGUCUGCUCAUGUUUAGAAUGACUACAAAAAAAAUGCUUGUUAAUGGCACAAUGCGGCGCAGACGCAAGGUGUUUGGGAUGUGGCAAAGAUUACAGUAUUUAUUCUAGAGUAGUUAAUAUAUAUAUAUAUGAAAUUUAUUUUGACAUUUUGAAAUACUGCUUUUGUUUGAAGAUGUUAAAUGUACAUAGAAUGUCGAGACAUACCGUGUAACAUGGAAAAACCACCGCAGAGCCUCUCGUGCAGAUGAGGACUUCACUGCAGUGUGUGGCUCAUAUACAAACAUGUAAAUAGUCACUUUCCUGCUCCUCUGCAGUAUCACUGCAUCGGUUGCAGUGUUUAGGUCGCUCUCCACUCUGUCCUCUUCCAUCCUGAUAAAAUAUACUUUUGUCUCCUAAAAGACAAUCAAGUCCUAUUUAUAAGGAAUAAAGUUCAAAUUUGAGUUUUAUUGGCAUCGUGAAGAAUGGAUUCUGCAUUAAUAACGGAAUCAUUUUUAAAAUGAGCUUCUCUAAUGAAACGUAACAAAUGAGAUUACAUGUUUCUUAUAAGGACUUCAACGUGGAUCGACCCUCAAGAUUUCAUGGUUGUCACCUUGAUGCAUUAUUUUUGUUCUCUUUCGUGUGGAAAACAAAGCCAUCUCUGAGAUCAGCAGAAAUGUUGGCCAGGUUCCAACUGAGUCACUGCCUUGUCCUUGGUGCACAUUUGUUGACUUGUAUCACAAACGCCCUGUCUAUAUAUUAAUCAGAUGAAAUCUCAGAUUACAAUCACCAUGUUUUGCCAGAUAUGCUGUAAUAUGCUUUGGGGUGAAACAAUAAGUUUCAUUUGGCUCACAGCUUAAUUAAGAAGCCUGCCCUUGGAGGGCAACCAGUUGGACUUGCAUGGAGCCAUCAUUGUGAUCCAAAAUGCCUAUAGAGUCGUGAAAAGGAAUAAUAUAUGUAAGAUUUUGCUUAUUUCUCAUUCUCUAUCUGGAAACAGCACCUGAACCGUUUUUCUACUCAGAAUCAGUUUUUGCUUUGUUUCCUUUUCUGUAGCUUCUGGUGGUGGAAAAAAAAAAAAAUGUGCGACUGUGAUGCAAACAUGAACUUUUAAGUUUGUGUGCAAGUCAACAGGUUUCCCAUCAGUUUGAGUCAGUCACUGUUGGACUGUGGCCACCUGGCAGAGUGCCUUGAAUUCCUGCUAUAGGAAUAAAUUCAGGGAUGUAUUUCAUUACAAGUUGGUAAAUGGGGGUUUGGUUUCUGACCUACAAGAAAGGCAAAAUUAAAAAGUGUAUGUAGAUCAUAGAUGCAGAUUAUAUUCAGUGACUGCCUAAUCUGUCUGUCGUGUCAUCUAAAACAGUUUUAAGCAUCAAACAGAUGUUGACAGCGUAGCUAAGAAGAGGAAAUUGCUUUGAGAUGGAUUCUUUAAAUUGUCAUUAUUCUCUAUUGAGUGAUGUGCUUACUUAGCUCCAUCAUGGUCCUUAUUUUCUGGUAGCAUUCUAAUCACAUGAUGGGAGAACUGAUUCUUUGAUCUGGUAGCUUCUCCUCAACUCUGAAAACAAGCAGUACAGCUGCCUUAUGGGUAUUAGGAAAUGUAAUGUUUGUUCAUUUGAGCAAAGGGAGUCGUUAACCUUCCUGACAUGUGAAAGGACAGUGACAGUUUUCAUUGUCUUCUCAAUUUCUUACAACAGUUUUGCAGCCUGAGGAACUCUAAGGACUAAAAUGGAACAAAGCAACAAACAAGUCAUCUGUGGCUGUUUUUCAACCAGUUGAAAUCCAGUAACCACAUCAACUCUUACCCAAGGUUUCCUGUUUGGGUAUCAGUCCAACCGAAGAAAAUUCAGAUGUAACCGAUUCUACAUGUUGACGGGUGGAUGAAAAAGACUUGAGAGACACUGAGUUUUGUUCUAGUUGUGUCUUGUACUGUUUCCCCUCCUGAACAGUGGUUUCUCUGUAAAUACUCUACAUGAAAGUGAUUAGAAAUAAAAAGCAUUGCCAAUGGAAA